AUGACAGGCAAUCAAUUCCCCAUCGAAAAGUACAUCGCGGCUUUAGCCAAGUUUCUGGACACAAUCGAUUACCAUGACGAGAAUUUCAGCCAUGAGCAGCGUCUGGAAAGCCUACGAUACGUUUAUUCUCAAACGGCAAAACAUUUCGACCAACCAGUGGAACAAGCUGCGCUGAAUGUCAGUUCCAAAAGGCUGCAGGCCGUCAUGCGAACUAGCACGCUCGUCACUGUAUACUGCUGGGCAAAAUGUCCUCUUGAUGUCAUGGUUGGAGUGUCUGUAUACUUCGUGUAUAUCAUCAUGCUGGAUGACUCUAGCGAGAUACCUUCUGCACAAAUGAAAACUUUCUGCGAAGACUUGAUCAAGGGAAGGCCUCAGAAGCACCUAUUCUGGCAGCGCAUGAAUGCGCAUCUGACAAAUUUCCUCCGCUAUUACGGCGGUUUCUGUUCAAUCACGAUCUUUAGAAGCACAUUGGACUUCUUUCAGGGCUGCUGGAUUGAGCAAAAUAACUUCGGCGGUUUCCCUGGGUCAAGCUACUUCCCUCAUUUCCUUCGUCGUCUGAAUGGGCUAGGCGGCAUCUCGAGCGCUACGCUCUUCCCCAGCUCGGAUUUUGAUGAGGAACUCGUCUUCAAAGAGAUUACUACCGCGGUUGCGCAAAUCGAACCGCAGCUUACACUCUGCAACGAUUUGAUCUCGUUCUACAAAGAAUACGACAGCCCAAGAGACCAAAUCAAUUUGGUUAGCAACAUAAUGAACUGCAAUGGAGUUGGAUGGGAGGUUGCUUUUGAACAGUUGACCCACGAUACGAUCCUUUCUUGCGAACAAUUAGUGAACGUGUUCAAGGGCAAAGACCCCAAAGUCGAGGCUACUGUUCGUGCCUUCGUUCAAGGAUAUGUCACCUGGCAUCUGUGCGAUCCGCGAUUUCGAAUGGAAGAGGUCUACCAGCAGGCUGGGCAGAGUGAGGCCGAUAUGAAGUUCCGUCAGUUUUACGAGAAGGCAACAAGUAUUGGUGUGCUCGACUUCAAACUCUGGGCUAGCCCAUGCGACCUGAACCGCGAUAGCAUAGAUGGGGAGAAGGGACAGGCUUUUGGCUAUGUUUUCCAGAAUGCUCUUACCAUUUUCGUGAAAGCAUGGGACCAAUGGAUGCCAGCAAAGCUGUUGCAUAAGUAA